AACCACCCGACCCUAGACUUGGCAUACGACGACAUCUCCCUUUCGUGCGCUUUCUUAUCUUGGAGAAUCCGUACAACAACCAAUAUUAACCAUCGUCUCUUCCGAUAUUUCAUCUUCCGAAAAAAACAACAGUGAUCUCAGCCAUGUCAGCCUCACAACAACCAACCAGGCCUUACUUCCACAACGGCCAGGCGCUUUCAGCACCACCAGCCACGGUCCGCAUCCGCAACUUCUUCGACAACGCCUAUGUCUUUCUAGGCCUCUACGUUACCACAUUCUUCUCGUUCGAUCCUGCUGCUGCAGCUGCCGCGUCACCGUUCAAUGCCAACAACAGAACACCUGGCAAGAGACCUGGUUGGGGCUUUGGAGGUGGCAGCAGCAAUAGUCGCGGAGGCGGCCCUCCUCCCCCUGGUGGAAGGAAGGUUGGCAGAGUGGACGACGUGAGAGGUCCAGAAUGCAAAUCAUGCAAGUGACCUCGGCGCUUCCGGUUGCUUUGAUGAGGGAAACGCAUCGUCUAAUUUGUUUGUUACUUUCUCUGCUCUGGAACCCAUUGCAGGCGC